UCCGAUUUAACGAACUUCACCAUCAAGUUUUUUUUCAUCCGGAAAACAAUUGGAUGGCGCCAUAGCACACUGAAAAUAGAUUUUGACAAAUCAAACAAAAUACAAAAAAACACAGUUGACACGUCUUGACGCGCCGGAGCCCUUAAUCUUCAGCCCCAUGUGACCACCAGCUGCGCCUUUCUUCAAGCAGAGCCUUAUUAGCACUCCACUGUUGUUUCCGUAGCCCCCGGGCUCAAUUCCUCCCGCACACGCCUAAUUUCAUGCAGCGGCUGCCCAGCGGGCAUCUCCGAGGCAACCGACGAGGGUUUGCUGUUGUCUACACCGUCCAUGGCCGAAUCAAUCGAAGUUAUAUCGGCACAACAAUCGGGCGAAGUAAGCUUUGCUCCUGUUGAAAUCCAUGGAGAAAAUCUUUCAGGCGAAACCCUAAAAGAGGAAGACGAUUUACUGUCGAAGAGCUUGGAAAAUUUGAGCCCUAACGCAGCAGAGGUGUCGUCAUCGUCGUCGGUUGGUCUUGAGAAAAACUUGUCGUUCAGUAAGCUCAAUGCGCAAGCUCCUGAGUUUAUUCCUAGGGUGCAGACACCAGGACCUGUUGUUCAAACGAGUAUUCACACACACAGGCCUGCGUUUGUCGACCUUACGACGUCGCCGUCGGUGCAGUUGGUUGAGCAGCAGCACGAGACCGAGCCCACGGUCGCCUCUACUUCGAAAACCCUGACCGACGAAUUGAGGCAAAAGGUUGUCAAACAGGUGGAGUUCUAUUUCAGUGAUGCAAAUCUGCCCACCGACAAAUAUCUAAUGAAAUUUGUGAAGAAAGAUCCAGAUGGAUUUGUACCUAUUUCGGUUGUGGCAUCUUUCAGAAAAAUAAAAAAUCUUGUCAAUAAUCAUGCGUUGGUGGGAGCUGCACUGAGGUCAUCUUCCCAGCUAGUUGUAAGUGAAGAUGGUAAGAAAGUGAAGCGUCUGCAUCCAUUACCUGAUAUUGACAUUGAGGAGGUGCAGUCACGCACUAUUGUUGCAGAAAACCUGCCAAGUGAUUAUUCCAUUCAAAAUCUGGAAAAGCUUUUUGGUGGUGUCGGCAAUGUCAAAAUGGUGCGUGUUUGCGAUCCUCAUGUAUAUAAUGAUUCCGGCUCAUUGUCAAUGAGACAUUCCAAGAAUGACAUGCUUGUCAGCAACAGGCUGCAUGCACUUGUGGAGUACCAGACUGUUGAACAAGCUGAGAAAGCUGUUAUAGAAUUAAAUGAUGAAGGAAACUGGAGAAGUGGCCUACAAGUGCAACUGCUCUCCAAGCGGAUGGUCAAGUAUGGACAUCAAACAAAAGCACGGAAAUCUGACAAUGCUGAUGUACAUGGGGAAGAGGAGGACACAUCAAAUGUUCCUGAUGCAGGAAAUGAUAAGCAGACAAAAGCUUCUGCACAUCAUUCUGAACGGCAUGAUGAUUUUGAAGGGGACGGACAUCAUUCAAGUGAUAAAAAUGGGGGAAGAAGAGGCAGGGGGCGAGGACGAGGAAAAUCUCGUGGACGUGGGCAAUAUCAUGGCAAUGGCCGUGGCCAUCCAGUUGGUACUGCAGCAUCUAGCAAUUCUAUAGGUAGUGAAGUUGUGGUCAAACAACCUCCAGGACCAAGAAUGCCAGAUGGAACACGGGGCUUCACUAUGGGUCGUGGUAGGCCUCUAUUGGAUAGUACUGAUAUUGCAUAGGAGUGUUCCUAUUGGGCUUUUGAGAUACCCGAUUUCUAAACUGUAAGCUUUUUUUAUUUUUUGAACUUCGGCGCUGCUAGUGGGUUUGGUCAAGAUGCAUUGUCAUUGAUUUUGUUCUGUUUUGGCUAAAGACACUUAUUGAUAGCGGCUUUUUUGGGCUAUCUAGCUGUCUUUGGGUAUGAGGACUAGGAGAUAUUUUUUCAUAGUAAUCAUAUUGUAAAAAUGUAAUUUCAAAUUUGUUUUUGGGUCUAGAAGAAUUUGCAGGGAACUGCAACUAUACAUUAUUAUAGAAAUACAAAUAAAUGUGAAAAUAGUGUGUAAUAUGUGUGAAGGAUUAACCAAUCCAAAAGAAAUGUGAAGCAUUGACUUUUGUAUACAGUCCAAA